UUCCCCGAUCAUUCUCGGCCCUCUGAAAUCUCCAUCGGAAAUCUCCAUCUAAACAUCCCUUCUCUCUCUCUCUAGCUUUCUCUCUCUAGAAUCUCUCAAUCAAUGUCUGGGAAAGGUGCGAAAGGUUUGAUAACGGGCAAAAGCCCAGCCCUCGGCAAGGACAAGGACAAAGACAAGGACAAGAAGAAGCCCGUUUCUCGUUCCUCUCGCGCUGGCCUUCAGUUUCCUGUCGGUAGAAUCCACCGUCUUCUGAAGUCAAGGGUCACUGCGAAUGGAAGAGUUGGUGCAACAGCUGCUGUAUACUCUGCUGCUAUAUUGGAGUACCUGACUGCAGAAGUUUUGGAGCUGGCUGGUAAUGCAAGCAAGGAUUUGAAGGUGAAGCGUAUCACCCCCAGGCAUCUGCAGCUUGCGAUUCGUGGUGACGAAGAACUCGACACCCUCAUUAAAGGAACAAUAGCCGGUGGUGGCGUGAUCCCUCACAUCCACAAGUCUCUUAUCAACAAGUCCUCCAAGGAGUGAUAUUUUUAUGGUUUCUUAUAUUGUUAACCUUUAGAGAGUGGAUUGCUGUGUACAUUUUGCUGAUAUCUUAUUGAUUGUUGAUGAUCCUUGUUGGGCUGGCAAUAACUUCCGUUUUCCUGCGAUCAAAGAGAGUUUCUUUUCUUGCCCA